AUGCAGGAAGCACCUAUCAACGAUGAAGCUGGAAACGGAAGUCUAUACACUAUUCAACCCAUCCCUGGCAAGGGACGCGACCUAAUUGCCAUCUCAAACAUCCCCAAGGGCACUCGUAUACUUUCUGAGCUACCCCUUUUCAGGAUCUCGCCUACAGAAUCUAACCGCGCUGAAGGGCCUGACGAUACUAAACAACGGGCAUUACUGGAUCUUCAGAAUGUAUACGGCAUAGGCGAUGGCCCUUUCCUGGGUAUUGCUAGGUCUAAUGUGAUGCCUCUGGGCCCUGAAGCUCCUGAAGGUGGUCUUUUCCUUGACGCAGCUCGCUUCAAUCACUCUUGCCGGCCGAAUGGGCAAAAAACAUGGAAUGCAAACAUUGGGCGCCCCACAGUCCACGCAGUUCAGAUCACCAUUUCAUACUUGGACAUAGCGAUGGAGUAUGCCGAGCGCCAAACAUUCAUGAAAAGACAUUUCGGUUUUGAUUGUGGAUGUAGCCUCUGCUCAGCGCCGUAUCCCCAACGCUUGAAGAGCGAUCAUAGAAUUCAAACUGUUGCACAGCUCGAACGCUGUCUGGUAUUCUACUUUAGCGAUUUCAAUACAACUGAUUACGCAGGUGGGCUCAUUUUCGCUUUUACCAUGUUCAAGAAGCUUAAGGCGGAGGGCGCCUGUGAUGCUCGCUUCCCGGGUGUGUAUCACACCGCAUUCAAGAUGGCAGUCAAGAACGGGGAUACGACGAGGGCCAAGAUUUUCGCUGAGAGAGCCUAUGCGGCCAGAGUUUUGGUGGAAGGCGACGACAGCCCAGAGGCUGUGAGAUUGGCUCAGUUUGUCCAACGACCUACGCUCCACCCGCUUUACCAGCCGAGCGCUGAUGCGACAGAGGCGAGGCUGCCUCGAGAGAUGAGUGAAUCCAAGUUCGAAGCCUGGCUUUGGAAACAGCGACCAGAUCCUAGUGAGGACGGAGACUCGGACGAGUUUGCCUCUGAGUUUGAGUCUGAAGAUGAGUACGACGAUGAUCCUUGACACGCUGAACACUGGCAUAGUGAUAGUAGCAAUGGUUUGGUGGCAUAAUCUGGGCAUAUCAUCAUGCAUGCAAAGCUCUUAUCAGGUAGAAAUUGCAGACACU